GCCCCAAUUCUGAUUCUGAAUUUGAAUCUGAAUCUGGAGGCAAGGAGCUGACUGAUGACUCGAGAGGUAGCACUGGGUUCUGUUGAGGCGCCUCGAGGCGAGUAAGUUAGCUGGAUUCAACCCCGAGUCAAGCAUCGCUGGGGGGGGGAGUUCGAGAGCCUUGGCGGAUGACUCGGUCUGAUGCUGGACCAGACCCAGAGUUUGAGAUUUGUGUCGUUUGUGGCGCCAUGACUCAAGCCUACAAUGUUGUGUGCAGUGCGGCCUCGAUACGACGCAGUUUGUUCGUUCUGCUCUGGCCUGACCUACAGGCAGUGGUUUGUGGCGUGUUGAAAGAAGCUCUCUUCUCCAGGAGCUCUAACCCUCGGCCGUGUUCUUCAUCCUUGCUUUGGUGUGAGGGUUCGGUACGAGGACGGACGCUUGGUGGUGUUAACUGGUCCGGGGCUUCCCGUAUCCGCUCCUUGGUCCCUUUUGCAUCUGCCAUGGUCCGCUCGGGUAUCUUAUCUGUCUUCUUGGGUCGGAUCCCAUAUUCCAACAGUUUUCUUUGGUUCCUUGGAAAAUCGUUGAGAAUAGGGGGUGCAGUUAUAUCAAAUUGCAGGCUGGUUUCGCGGCGAGGUUUUCUUGUAUCCAGACUUCGAGUCGAAUCCUAGGUCUCGCCCCGGGGCUUCUUGUUCGAAAGCACAAACUUUUCAUCGUCAUGCUUUCUGUUGCUCACAGGUGCCUGGACCACCUACCACACUGACUAAAGCUAGACACCAGCGGAUCUUCGAUCCCUACACAUGCCACGUGGGCGACAUGAGUGCGCGGUGGCACUUGCUCGCUAGUCAUGUCAGGAGACUCAAGAGUCAAGACCCUUCUUGCUCGU